GAGCCGCUGCUCGCCGUGGGCACGCGCCUCUUUGUUCUCGGCUGAUCGCAGCGAUCGGGCGCACUCUCGGCAGCAGCGCAUCGGUAAGCGUGCGACGACGAUCUUCCCCGCCGGCUGUGCGCGACCUCUGAACCUCGGAGAGCGUUUCGCCGCUGGACGUCGGCAGGGAUGCGGCUCGCUCCAGCCGCAGCAUCUCUCGAGUAAACCACGUGCUCGGCCGCGAGCGGCGAGGGGCGAGCAGGCGGCGAUUAGCGGCUUAUCACUGGCGCGCGUGAGCGCGGACAGCUCGAGCUCGCGGCUCUUCCGCGAUAGCCGCCAAACGAGCCGCACGAUAAGGGGACCAGUGGCAGCGUCGCGCUGCAGUCGUGGAGCCCAAUCGUAGCAGCAGCAGCAGCAGCAGCAGCCACCGCUGCCCCCACGAGGAGAGCAUGACCCACGCAGCGCAAGCGAGCAACGGCAAGCCGAGCCGCGGCACGGAGCAGCCAGCGGGGGAGCCGCCGGAGCCGACGCCGCGACCGCCCGACGGCGGAUGGGGCUGGGUCGUGGUCUUCGCCUCCUUCAUGAUCCACGUUAUCACCGACGGGGUGACCUACUCCUACGGCGUGUUCCACGUGGAGUUCGUCAACUACUUCGAGACGACCGAGCAGGCCGCCUCGUGGGUGGCCUCCUUCCUCGUGGGCGUGACCUACUGCUCGGGGCCCAUCUCCAGCCACUUCGUCAACAAGUUCGGCUGCCGCGCCGUGACCGUCGCGGGCACGCUGCUGGCCAGCGCCUGCCUGCUGGCGAGCGUGUGGGUGCGCAGCCUGGGCAUGCUCUACCUGACGGCGGGCGUCGGCACAGGCCUGGGCUUCGGCCUCGUCUACCUGCCCGCCAUCGUCAGCGUGACCGUGUACUUCGAGCGCUACCGCUCGCUGGCUACCGGCAUCGCCGUCUGCGGCUCGGGUCUCGGCACCGUGCUCUUCGCGCCCUUCAUCAGCUAUCUGAUCCACUACUACGGCGGCUACCGCCACAGCAUGAUGCUGCUGUCGAGCAUCGUGCUCAACUGCGUGGUGCUGGGCGUGCUGUUCCGGCCGCUGAGCGGGCCGGCGCCGCGGGCCGAGCGCCUCUCGCUGCAGGACCUGGGCGCCGGCGGAGCGGCCAGCCAGGCGAGCCUGGGCUCCGAGGGCGGCCCGCGGCGCGUGUCCUGCGGCGGCGGCGCGAUCAACCGCUCGGACGCGUUCCCGCGCGGCAGCGUGCACGGCACGCGCAAGCGCUCCGAGUCCCUGGGCGCCAGCAGCGAGGACAGCCUGCGGCUGCGGCUCUCGCUGCGCUCGCUGCCCAGCGCCGCGGCCGCGGGCCCGGGCACGGGCUCGGGGCCCGGUGCCGCGCGCCGCGCGCCGCGCUUCUCGCUGCUGCGCGACCCGCUCUUCGUCGUCUUCUGCCUGUCCAACUUCUGCACGAGCAUCGGCUUCAACGUGCCCUACGUCUACCUGAUCCCGCAGGCCAGCACGCUCGACAUCGACAAGAAGACGGCCAGCACGCUGCUCUCGAUCAUCGGGGUGGCCAACACGCUGGGCCGCGUGCUGCUGGGCUACGUGUCCGACAAGCCCUGGGUGGACCGGCUGAUCGUCUACAACUGCUGCCUGACCGUCUGCGGCGCGGCCACGAUGCUCUGCCCCCUUUGCCCCGACUUCGCCACGCUGGCCGCGUACGCCGCGGUCUACGGCUUCGCCGCGGGCGCCUACGUGAGCCUGACCUCCGUCUGCCUGGUGGACCUGGUGGGCCUGGACCGGAUGACCAACGCCUUCGGACUGGUGCUGCUGGCGCAGGGCGUGGCCUCGUUCCUGGGGCCGCCCAUCGCCGGUGCGCUCAAGGACGCCAGCGGCCUCUACGACCCCGGCUUCUACGUGGCCGGCGGCAUGAUCGCCGUCAGCGGGCUCAUGCUCUUCGUCAUCCCGCCCAUCCAGAGGCGCAAGCGGCGCAGGGCCGAGCAGCUGUCCGGGCUGCAGGCCGGGGCCUCCUAGGCGCGGCCGCCCGUCGACUGGGCUCACCUGUGAUACGCAAACUGUCCGCCGCGGUCAAGGCUGCUCCGAGCGCGCCUUGCCUUCGCUGCGCAUAUUUGGUUGGGCGGACCGAGCCCUGGCGUUGCUCUACGCUGCUCGCUCCGAGCCUAGCUCUAAUCUUUUGUACAUACGGGCCUCGGCCCAUUUUGUUAAAGCGAUUCAAGAAAAUCUUUCAAUAAAUCAGUCUAAGUGAGGUCUUCCUCGA